GAGGGGGGAGUGUCUGUGCCCCCUCCCCCCAUUCACGUCGGCGGGCGAUAGAUGCCCCUCACCCUGCCCAGGCAUAGGGUGCCGUCUGGUUACCCGAGAGGGGCGAACGACGUCCGUUUUCUGUUCCCGGUGGGGGUGGGGACUGGAGGUGGCGGUGGGGGUUGCCUCUGCCCCCUGCCCCAAGGCGGGGAGGGUGUUGCUAGGCAAAAAAUCGCUGUCUUUCCGGCCGCGCCUUGCAGGCUGGUAGGCAGCGGUGAGAGGCUGGCUCGCCCCAGGGGAGAGCGGAGGUGUGGGACGGGCAGCCAUCCGCAGGGUCAGGGCGUACCGCGCCGCUCUGCUGAGGGGCUGCUUUGGCUCCUGCUGGGGGAAGAAUGGGGAGCAAGCCCGGAGCUGCUCCCGCCUUCCGCGGAGAGGCGGGAACUCUUGGUCUUUGGGGAGGAGGGAAGUGCGAAGGCCCUGCCCGCAGGGCAGUGCAGUACGGCGGCUAUAGAGCUUCUGAGGGAGAGCUGGGGGCGGCCAAGCCCUAUGCUACAUUGGGCGAACUGCGAUCAAGCACUCGAGGAUCAGAGGUGCCACCAGUUCCUUCCAGGGCAGGAGAGCGGGCACUUGGCACCGCCGGGUGGGCCCGGGAGAGGAAGUGAUUGAAUUACCCAUCUGCUGCCCCAACCUGAUUUCCAGUUUGAUGGAUUUGUUAGAGGCUUCAAGCUUUAGCAUCCUGUCUAAAUCAUUUAAAAAACAUUUUCCUUUUAGAAAGAAACCUGUUGCCUCGGCUGAGUAGUAUUUGGUUUCUGUGGGAGGAAAGUCCUGGCACCCUUAUCUAAGUGAGCCGUUACCUAAAGCAGAGAUUUGCAGCCCGAGUUGUUUUUCUUUCCUGCAGUGUCUACAGUUACCUCAGAGGGAGUUGCAGAAUUCUUACAGAUAAUUGCAGUUCAGUUUAAUUUGGCUUAAACUUUAUGCCCGUUUCAUGGAGUGAUAAAGGCUACCGAGUGUCUUUAAUGCUGUAUGUCUUACACGUAUUGCACAUAGGAAAGGUUGGAAAUCAAAGCUCAAAGAUCAAUGGGUCUUUUGGAAAUAAUCCUUGCCCUUGGCCAAACCUGUCAGAUCCAGCUUGGUAAUGGUCUUGGUUUUAGAGCCUUGAAAGAGGGGUAUGAGGUUGUGUUUGGCGUUGCAGUUUUAGUGGGCUGAAUAAGGCUUUGUGUUUUAAGGCAAUGGGUUUUCUUAGGUACGAUAAAAAUAGAAAGGGAGCUGGUUUCUGAGGUUGCAACCAGGUUAGAGAACAGAGCGAGGGGGUGGUAAGCUGAAGUGUGAAGAAGGGGGUGGACAGAUGGGAGAGACAUGGAAGGACAGAAUAGGGUCACAGAGAAUUAAGAGAUAAAUGGGAGAUGGGAAAUAUAUUUUUCUUUUAAAAAUACGAUUUUCAUAUUUUAUUAAAACAUUUUUUUUUUUGGUGGUAGCAUGUGGGAUCUUAAGUUUCCUAACCUGGGUUUGAACCCCGAGCCCCCUGCUUUGGCAGCAUGGAGACUUAACCACUGGAUUGCUGAGGAAGUCCCAGGAUCUUCAUAUUUAAGAUUAUGACAAAGCAAGUGCCAGGAAAGGCAGGUGAUGGUAGAAUGGCAGACAGGCAAAUACUAAGGCUGUCUUUGUGGAACUUCACUUUAUUAUCUUUUACAUUGUGCCUGUAGUAUGCUAAGUGCUUUUGUAUUCAUAAUCUCAUUUAUAAUUCUUACAACGACCUUAUGAGAUAGGUACUAUGAUGGUCCCUGUUUUACUUGAGGGGACAUUUGAAACUUCAAAAUGUAAUCAUUGUUUCCCCACUGGCUUCUUAAUUUUGAAAUGGUUUUAUUAUUAAAUAUUUCAAGCAUAUAAAUGUUACAGUUACACCAUAUGACAUAAUAAUGAAUACUAUUAAACCCCCACUCAGCUUUAUUGUUUUAGGUCUUUUCCUGUUAGUGAUUUUUAAAGAAAUAAAACAUUACAAAAAGAAUUGAAGCUUCUCACGGCCCCUUACCAUUCCUCUUCCCUCCUUACCACCAGAGGUAAUCACUCUCUUGAAAUGGCAUGUUUUUAUGAUUUUAUAAUAUAUCCAUGUUUGUAUCCAUACACAGUUUAUUGUUUCUUUAGCAAACUGCAAGAAAAAAAAAGAUGGGAAUCUGUAGAUUAAAAUACAAGAUUUAUCAGCCAGCUUUAAUGUAUGGACCUUACUUGGAUACUGUUUUUUUCUUUUAAUAUGACAUUUUAAAAAUAGCUGGAAAUAUGAACUGGAUAUUUUAUGAUAAGGAAUUUUUGUUAUUUACAGAUGAAAUGAUGUGAUGCCUGGGAUUUGCUUCAAAAUAAUCUGGAAGGUGGGAGUCAAUCAUUUUGACAAGUCUCCCGAAAGGAACAGCUAGCAGGAGCUGAACCCUUUUUCCAUUUGGUCUCGUGGCAAAGGCAGGGAUCACACCAACAGCUCCACACAGUAUGAAAGACAAUUAUUUUUCUUCUUAUAUGAUGUGCUCACUAGUGCCCUCUGAACAGUCUUCUGGUACCUCUCUCUUGCCUAAAGACAAUGCUCCUUUUUCUUGGAGUUCCUUGGAUGAGGAUGAAUUGGAUGACUCCUUGCUGGAGCUAUCUGAUGGAGAAGAUGAUGGCCAUUUCAGUUUCACAGAGGAACAGAUUCAGGAACUCUUGAAGGAUGAUGACCUAUCAAAUGAGCACUUUCCUUGGGGAGGAGGGUUGUCUAGUGAUGACAGCAGGAAUGUUGAGAAGGGAGAGAAAGGGAGUCAAAUUCCACUUGACAUUCCCCAAGAGAAAGAUUCACCGUACAACAUGGGACCAGAAGCUGAGACCCCUGACACAUUCAAACUACCUCAACUAACUAUAUCAGUUGGUCAUGGACCAACUCCUACGAAACCGUUGAACAGACGCUUUGCACUAGAAAAGAAUCUUAUAAAAGUUACAGUUGCACCAUUUGAUCCAACAGUUUGUGAUGUACUUGAUAAGGACAAGACUUAUGUGUCCAAAGUUACAUCCAGAAUUACUGAAAAACCCUCCUCCCUUGGGGAAGAAAUGAGAGAAGAUGAUCUUAGCCCAAAUGAGAGCACACUUUGCACAGAAUCUGAAGGGAUCAGCCCCAAUAACUCUGCCUAUGAUGGGCCCCCACUCCCUUCUUCAAACAAUAAUUUUCAACAUACUGUUUCUGAUAAAAAUAUGUCCGACAGUAAGAAACCUACGCCUGUAUUCUCUCAGAUCUUGGACCAUUCAGAGACUCCUAAUACAGGGUCAUCCCAGAGAAAUGGAUCAUAUAAAUCGAGUUUUGAAAUGAAGUUACCAGUAUCCAGUUCAUCAAGCAAGCAGGAUGUUCUUGACAAGGAUUCUGGGAAGCUAAAGGUCCAUGAAAAAAGACUAGGCAAAGUCAUUCCUGUUCUGCAAGCCAAAACGAGGACUAAUGUUCCAACAUUUUCACCGUCAGACCUAGAAAAGCAGAAGCAAAGUUAUCUCAGGAAUGUCAUUGCUCAUAUAGAAGACCCAGUGGAUUCAAACCAAGGUACCUUGGGGGAGCUGUGUGCCUUGAUGGAUCAAGUUCAUCACAUGCACAACCAGAAAUGGCAGCAUCCUUCAGACCUCACCAGGCGAAACUACGCCCGGUUCCGACAGAAAUCUCUGCAAAGAUACAGUCUGACCCAGUGGGUUGACCGGAAUAAGCGAAGCCACCAUCGGUUCCAGCGUCUACCAGAUUUCCCAUACGGUCCAUUUGUCUCCUCCCAUCAGCAGUGAAGGGCCCUAUCCAGGGUCCUGUCCAGAGCAGCAUCUCUUCUUCUGCUGUUCCAUGCUUUGUAGAUUUAGAAUUUUAUUUUUCACAAUAUUUUUAUUUAAAGAAUUUGUCACCUUUUGGAAAUGCAUAUUGCUGACUUGAAAUUUUUUGUAUAAGGUCCUUCAUUUUUGUGUGUGUAUGCAUUUAAGCAGUGUUGAGUUGACAUAGUUUUAAUUUUUUAAUUUAAAUUAAAGAUGGCUGCCUCCUGAAAGCCAGCAUUAAGUCAGAACAUCCCAGCUCAAGCAAAGAGCCACCUCUCUGCAGAGGUGAAGUCUACUUCUGGUGCCCAAAAGAAAUCAUUCUUUAAUCUCUUGAAGGAAGAGAUUCUAUAUCAGGCUGCAAACCAGUUUUAAUUAUUGUUGAUGACUUAUAAAUGGAUACAAGUCACUUUUAACAACCCUUCUUACUUUUUUUAUUUGAAUCUCUGAAUACUUGUCAGUAUUUUAAAGUUGGUAAUCCAGGACAUCUGAAGCAGUUGAAAGGACAAAUUAAAAGUGUAAAUCUUCUUUUCUUUUUGUACCUACUAGCUGCCUUUAUUUUUUUGGCUUUUUUUUUUCCAUCCUUCAUUAAAUUUAUUUUACACAGUAGUGUUUCUAAGUCUUACAUAGCUUAACUCUUAACAGAAGACUGGUGACUAACAACCUCUGUUGAUUUGUGGUCUUGUGACUGAUUGCCUUCUCUGUCUUUCUUCAAGGAUUUUCCUUCCUUCCUUGUUUCCCCAGUGAUCUUAGGGCUCUACUGGUAUAUUCCUGUAUCCUAUUGGACAUAGAGAUGCCUCUUAAGAGCAGCCUCAUUGCACUCUUUACUGAAGAGCUGCCCACCCAGAGUCUUAACUCUAGGACAGGCCAGAAGUCAGUGCUAUUGAGAGGUGUCAGUUGGUCUUCAGUCUCAUCUGCUGAACCCACCUUUGAGUAUGAGUUGGCAAGUUAGUUAGUGAGCCUCCAUCCUAUGGAAGAGACUUUGGAGAAGCUGUUCUUUGUCUCCAUUAUUGAUUAAUAAGAGGUGCCUUUUGAUCCAGAUGUUACCACCUCCUCACUUGGUCAGAGGAUGUACAGUUUUACAAAACUACUAAAGUGGAUUUAAAAUAGUUUUGAUGAAGCUGGUGCACAUAGCAUUACCUGAUCUUAAGGAUUAGUACUUUAAGCCAAGUUGAUGAGCUUUGUGCAGCUACCUUAAUGGAUGUCUUUGGAGUUUGUUAUUCUCUUUACAGACAGCUCUAGACAUCUCUUGGGAGAUUUUGCAGUCUGGCGUUUGUGCUUUUGUUCACUCUCUAUGAAGGUUGUACCUAGUUGCUAUAGCACAGCCUGUGAUACUGGGCUCGCUGCCUGUCAGGUUUUGUUGCUCCAUCAGCCCCAUCUUUGUCUGCAAGUAACCUAACAUAAAUAUCCUACUCUGCUUUAGAAACUGACUUGGGAGAAACUUGGUCAUUGUUACCAGUAAAUUUAGAUGGAUGUCCCUGAGUGUUUACCAUUUCUAUCCAGUCAAGGAGUCUCUUUUCCUUGGAAAUUUGGUUGAGAAUCUGGGGCCAAAAUGCAAAGGAGAAGUUCUGUUCAAAGGCAAGAGUCAAAAUCUGUUACUUCAGUUGACAUUUACAGCGUCAGUUACUUCUCCAAGUUUGCGUAAAUCAGCUUGAUGGAGUGGGACAGACAAACAUCCGACUUUGAAACUAUAGCAUAGUUAGAACUAAGUAUUGCUGGAAUAUCUAGCUGUCUCGUUCCCCGCCGAUCACCAAGGAGUAAAGGGAUGGCCGUUUGCUUGGGCAGAAGUCUGGAGUCUCAUGCGCUUGCCUCCCUGGUGCAGGAAGGUUUAAGACUGACAUGUCACGGGAGCAUCGCCUUUGCCAAAUCUAAUGAGUGACGGGUUAUCUUGAAAAUGUGACAAUCACAUUUCCUCUUUGCUCAAAUAAUUCUGUUUUUCCAAAGCUUUAGCAGCUUAAUUAAAUCUGUUGGACUGGGGGAGGAGAGAACUGUUCCCUAGCGGUUAACAUGGUAUUCUUUAAGAAGAAAAACAAAGCCAAAGAAAACUCAUUAUCAGGCAUGUUUGCCUUAAAGAUGGUAGUGGGUAGAAUCUGGAGUUUAAAUUUGUUUUUAAACGCUAUGUAUCUCAUAUUUGGUAUUGGCCUCUUAAGUCUAAUUUUCGUGUAGAAUUCUUGCCAUAUUGUUUUAUUUGAGUAAGGGCUCUGUGCAUUGAACUGCCUACCAAGCUUUCUUCAUCUGUGCUGACAUUCUCACCACAGGGGUGAGUACUCUUAACAAUGCAGAGUAGACUUGUGCUGUUUACAUAGUUUAUUUGUAACUAAAAGAGCCUGAAAUAACCUGUAGUUUUGCAUCUAAUUCGACCCCAAUUUACUUUGGUUGUUGUCAGAUCAAUUAUGAAACUGAAGUUUGGUGCCUCCUGUGUAUCAUGUUUUUCCCCUUGUAGCAGUUGUGUUUAAUGUCAUUAAAAAGAAAUAAAAGUUCUUGUCAGUG